AUGUCGGUGCAGUUGGUUAUUUUACAAAUCUGUUUUGUUUUUUUUAACUUUAUUUGUGGUGAAGAAAUAAAUUUGUAUGGCGACGCAGGCCAAGCAUAUUCUGUUGAGGUUUGCUUAGGCCACCCACAUCAAAAGCUCAAACUUCUAGUGGAUACUGGUAGCACUACUUUGGCCGUAGCCUCAUAUCCUCGUCAGAACAGUCAAGAAUACUUUCAUUCUGAUAAUUCUACCAGUAUUUAUGAUAUUGGAAAAAAGGUACAAGCUGAGUACUCCCAGGGUACGUGGUCUGGACGCCUAGUGUCAGACUUUAUACAGAUCCCUUCUUUGCCUUCUGUACCGGAAUUAAGGUCCGACAUAGCGCUUAUAACGCAAAGUCAUAAGUUUUUUAUGAAUGGCUCUGGAUGGCAGGGCCUUCUUGGCCUGGCUUACUUGCCAGUAGGAGCUUGGGGCGAUGGUGUAGUGGUUGAGUCAUGGUUGGACUCUGUAGAACGAAAAUUGGAUAAACAGAUAUCAUUCCAUUUGAAACUUUGUGGACCACUAAACACGACAAAUUCCACACAUUAUGGGUAUUUAAAUAUUAUUGAUGAUAAGAUUCCACAAGACAGACCCAAAAUAUUCCGAACACCAAUUUUGCGGAAGCGUUGGUAUGAAGUUGGUGUGAUAUCUAUUAGGGUCGUAAAUCCAAUGUUAAACUCUUCUAAUGCUAGUGAGAUAAUUGAUGAUUCGACAAUUGUUCCUGAUGGAGAUAUGUGUUUAAAACUCAACGCGGAAAAGAGUAUCGUUGAUAGUGGUACAACUAAUAUAAGACUUCCAGAUGAUUUAUAUAGACAGGUUGUGGAUAAUCUAAAAAAUAUCUAUCGUAAUUCACAAGUUUUAAUAUUAGAUGAAUUUUGGUAUCAAGGAGAGGCUGCAUGCUGGCCAGAGCCUCAAGUAUGGACAUUACCUUGGCUAGCAAUAGACCUACUUAGUGCAGAUGCAGAUAACCAGUAUUUCACAUUAGAAAUACCACCACAGAACUACAUGCGAGUUGUAGGAGUGUACAACAGCAGUGACAAGAAUGGUACUGUAUCAGAAUAUUGCUACAAACUCGGGCUGGAGGUAGGCGGUUCUGAAACAGUUCUCGGCUAUACUGCUAUGGAAGGAUUACAGGUUAUAUUCAAUAGAUCCGGCGGCUGGAUUGGCUGGCAAACCUCCGAUUGCGGUGCCAAGGCCAGAAUUAGCGGGCCAUAUAACACAAGCACUUCCCUCACUGUGACCUGCCAACUAACGAAGCCUGUGACACAGGUAGCCAUUUCAAUACGAGCCGCCCAGUGGGCGCUCUGUGCUAUAUCUAUUGUAGCUGCUACUGUUCUAUUCUAUCUUUUAGCUCCUUGUGUUAAGACUUUCUUUAGGAGAAAAUUGCCAACAUCUCAACAAAUUUCGCUGUCUCAAGCGGCGUUGGUUGAACACGAGUCUUAG